CGCUACCUGCCCGGACGUCUCCUCAAGACGCUGCCGGCUGGAGUGCUCAAUGUGCAUCCCUCUCUGCUGCCCCGGUGGCAUGGUGGAUCACCUCUUUGCCACACUCUGAUUACUGGUGACACCGUGUCCGGUGUUUCCAUCUUCCUCAUCCAACCGGUUCUUCGAAAGGAUCGCCAGCAACGAGCCUUUGAUGUGGGACCUCUUCUGUUGCAACGGGUUGUUCAUCUGCCAGUUGACAGUCGCCGUCCCCUGACUACCGCUACCCUUGCACAGUUCUUAAUUCCUAUAUGCUUGGAGGCUUUAGUGCAGGUUUUGCGAGAUCUACCUGGUCAUCUGCGCUCAGCCGUGCCACAGUCGCUGCUUCCCCUCCUUCCACAACCUGCUCCUCGCCUCCGACCUGAAAUGGGCAACAUAGACUGGGUGAACCAAUCAGCGCUCGAGAUUGUACGCCUCUGGCACGCCGCUUCUAAUUACAUCCACCUGAGUACACAGCUGGUCCUAGAGGUGCCUACGCAGGAAGAUUUGCACACAAAGGCCAGUCAGGCUAAAUUUGUCCGUUCCCGGCUACGUAUCGGUAUCAGCACGCCGCCGCUUCUUGUCUGGCCACCACCUGAUGACAAUCAGGUCAGUUUCCUAGAGUUUCGCGAAUUCGUUUGGUAG